CUUUGUUGUUAAAAAUUUAGCUACAGUUGGCUCCAGGUUUUUUAUUCCCAUAUGUGAUGUUGACAGAAUUGAAUAGAUUUAUUCAACGUCAGCAAAACAAAUUCUACUCUUCUAAUAGUUAGUGCUUUCUACAAGUAUCAAGCGGCUGUCCUGUAAAUAUGAUGAGCCUACGUGAUAAACAAAUUCAUGCUCUCAAGCAGAUGCUCAAUCUUAAUCAGCCAGAAUCAAAGGUCAAUGCUGCUGUACCAACAUGGAAAAUUUUGAUAUACGAUCGCAUGGGUCAGGACAUCAUUUCUCCAUUGAUUUCCAUAAAGGAGCUCCGAGAACUUGGCAUUACUUUGCACAUGCAGUUGCAUUCGGACAGAGACUCUAUACCUGAAGUUCCGGCAAUAUAUUUUUGUGCACCGAGCGUUGAAAAUUUAGGGCGCAUCGGUCAAGAUUUGCAGAAUGGCUUGUACGAUAUUUAUCAUUUGAAUUUCAUUUCUCCGAUAUCUCGACAAAAAAUGGAAGAUUUGGCAUCAGCUGCUUUGCUCUCGGGAGCCGUCGCUAAUAUUCAUAAAGUAUUUGAUCAGUAUCUCAAUUUCAUAACACUCGAAGAUGAUCUUUUUGUCUUGAGACAUCAGAACAGUGACGUCAUUUCGUACCACGCUAUUAAUAAAGGUGACAUAAAUGACACAGAAAUGGAAACCAUGAUGGACAUUGUUGUUGACAGCCUUUUCUCAGUAUUUGUCACUCUUGGAACAGUCCCCAUUAUUCGAUGUCCCCGUGGGAAUGCUGCAGCAAUGGUGGCCGAAAAAUUGGACAAGAAAUUGCGAGAAAAUGUAUGGGAUACAAGGAACAGUCUAUUUCAAGGUGAAGCUACCGGUUCUGGACAUUUUAGUUUCCAGCGACCUCUGCUGAUUGUUCUCGAUCGUAACAUAGACAUGGCAACUCCCCUUCAUCAUACAUGGACUUAUCAAGCUUUGGCUCAUGAUGUUUUGGAACUGGCUCUGAAUAGGCUUGUCGUGGAGGAAAAUGUUGGCAGAUCACCUGCAGGUGGUGCACGCUCGAAAACUCGAGCUUGCGAAUUGAAUAAUACUGAUCGUUUUUGGUGUCAGCAUAAAGGCAGUCCGUUCCCUAGGGUCGCUGAAGCUAUUCAGGAAGAACUCGAACAAUAUCGAACGUUCGAGGACGAAGUUAAAAAACUCAAAACGUCAAUGGGUAUCGACGGUGAUAGUGAUGCAGCUUAUUCUAUGGCAAACAAUACAGCUCGUUUAACAAGUGCUGUUAAUUCUCUGCCUCAACUUCUCGAAAUGAAGCGUCUCAUAGACAUGCAUACAACGAUAGCGACGGGAAUACUAAAUUCGAUAAAGUCGCGACGUCUCGACACGUUUUUUGAAAUCGAGGAAAAGAUUAUGAGCAAACAGACACUCGAUCGAAGCAUUCUCGACAUCAUAAACGAUCCGGAUGCUGGAACACCUGAAGAUAAAUUGCGAUUGUUCAUCAUCUACGAUCUGUGCAACAAUAUUUCCGAUGCGGAAUACAAUAAACACGAAGCAGCAUUGUCUAAUGCCGGCUGUGACUUGAACCCGUUAACGUACAUCAAACGAUGGAGAAGUUACACGAGGAUAUCAGGAGUGCAAAACAGUUAUGAAGGCGGUGGCACAAAGACGGUGAGUAUGUUUUCAAAGCUAAUGAACCAGGGCUCUUCGUUCGUGAUGGAAGGCGUCAAAAAUUUGGUGGUCAAGAGGCAUAAUUUACCAGUGACGAAAAUUGUUGACGAACUUAUGGAAAUGAGGCAGAGCACCGAAGUGGAAGAUUAUUAUUAUUUGGAUCCGAAACAACUGAAGCGAGUUGAGCAGACUCCUAAAAAUAGAACAACAUUCCAGGACGUCAUUGUUUUUAUUGUUGGAGGUGGCAAUUACAUUGAAUAUCAGAAUUUAGUUGAUUACGUAAAGCAAAAGACUGGUAGUGGUGCCAAUAAGAGGAUCGUAUAUGGUUCGACGACUCUUAUAAAUGCGAGACAGUUUCUCAAACAAUUGUCACUUCUGGGACAAGAAGCUCACUGAUCGCGUUUAAUAUCCAUCGAGGCUUUCCUUCAUCGCCGAAUAUACUACCAAGGCUGCCUCGACCUAAUUGUACAAUAUUUAUUGAAAAUAAGAAAGAUAUGAGACGCGGUUGCUAACCCCAAUUUUUCAAUACCAGCACACCUGUCGUAUUUAAUUCGUUCGAAACACAUUUUCACAUAAUCUUUGUAAAGGAAACGACUAUUGAAAGUUAGGUUUUAAGCCAAUGUUACGUUUUGAGGAUUCACGUUUUUUAAAAUAUUUACAUAGAUUGAAAAGUAUUUCGAAUGAUUUUUUUUUUUUUUUUUUAUUUAACCGUGCUUUUUUCGAUAGGAACUCAAGCUCGUAGGAAAGGAGAAGAUAUAAAAAAUCAUCGACGGGAGUGCAGAAAAAAUAUCCAGGUGGAUAAAAAAGAAUAAAAAACAAAUCGAAA